AUGGAUAUUUUUGAUCAGCCCUGCUACAAAACCACCAAGAAUUUGGCUUCUCUGAUUGGCCGGUGGCCGUAUCAGCCUCAAAAGCAGAGUUCAAUUAUUAUAACCAUCCUUUGGAUCGCGCUCGCUCUGCAAACUAUUCCACAAAUUAUUGCGAUGUUUAUAUAUUACGACGACUCUGAUGUUUUAUUUGAGGCACUAUCGGUGAUUCUGGUGGACAUUGUCCUUGCAACCAAGUAUUUGAACGCGAGCUAUCGUGCGGAAUUGAUAAAAACUCUAUUUGACAAAGUGCAAAUGGAUUGGAAAUUACUGACAAAUGAAGAAGAAAGACGUAUUUUACAAUAUCAUGCAGAUACUGGACGAUUUUUAUCUGCUGGAUACAUAGUCAGAACAAUUUCAAAUGCAUUUAAUAAGAUUCUCAUUUUUAUUCGCAUCGUCGGUGAUAUUUGUCACGGAACCACUUUUCCACUUCUUUCCGCUUUUCCAGCAGAAUUCGUAUUGUUUGAAAAAGAAGAUCAUUAUUGGUUGAUAAUGGUUGUCACGAGCACCCUUACUCUGGUAGUUGUAAUAGGUGUUAUCUCAUGCGACGUUAUGUUCAUCACUCUUUUACAGCAUAUUUGCGGAAUGUUCGCAGUUUUAGGGCAUCGCAUUGAACACAUACCUACUGGUGAUUUUAUGAAGGAAAUCCAAAAGGGAAAUUGCAUUAGUCAUCAAAAAAAUGAUCAAAAUAAUUCGUACCAACAUUUGGUUUCAUGCGUCAAAAUGCACUUCAAAGCUAUCAAAUUUGCAGAACUUCUCGAAACCUGUUUUGCGCUAAGCUUCGGCGUGGUAGUUGGGCUGAAUUUGCCGAUGAUAAGCAUCACCGGUUUUCAAAUUAUAACACGUUCUAACACAGUUCAACAAAUUUUGAAGUGUAUAUCAUUUACUGGCGCCCAAAUGCUCCAUCUUUUUUUUGACUGCUACUUGUCGCAAAAACUCAAUGAUUCAAGCUCCCAAAUUUGCCAUUGCAUAGCGAAUGUAAAAUGGUACAACCAUUCCGUAAAAUCACAAAAAUUGUUGGUUGUAAUGACAAUGAGAAGUCAAGUGCCCUGCAAACUGACCGCCGGAAAAAUGAUGGAGUUAUCGAUCGAGAACUAUGGAAUGCUGAAAACUGCGGGUUCGUACUUCACAAUGUUACUGUCAAUGCAG